UGUCUAGCUACAUGAAGACAGAGAUAUAGAGGGAACAGGGACAGGCGGACGUAGGGAGUUAAACUUUAAAAGGUCUAGAGAGAAAGACAAAAGGAGAGAGAGCGGGAGAGAGAGAGGGUGAUACAGGGUGACUGAAUGAGCAUAUUCAUUGUCACACGAUAACAUAGCAGUCUUCACUGACAACAGUAGAGCGCGCAAACCACUAGCCUAAACAUGUCGGACCUGACCUACGGAGAGCAGACUAACAGGAAUAAUCUGACGGAUCACAACAUGAGCGGAGAUGAACUUGUUUUCUUUGUAAAUGGAAAAAAGAUAACAGAGAAGCAUGCUGAUCCAGAGAUGACACUGCUGACAUACCUCAGGAGAAAGUUGGGUUUGACAGGUACUAAGCUAGGCUGUGCAGAGGGAGGAUGUGGAGCCUGUACUGUGAUGCUCUCCAAAUAUCAGCCCCACCUCAGAAGAGUGCUUCACCACUCGGUGAAUGGGUGUCUGGCCCCUCUGUGUUCUCUCCAUCACUGUGCUGUCACGACGGUGGAAGGGAUCGGCAGCGUGGCAGGGAAACUACACCCUGUGCAGGAGCGUAUCGCUAAGUCUCAUGGUUCUCAGUGUGGAUUCUGUACCCCAGGUAUCGUCAUGUCUAUGUAUUCUCUGCUCAGGAACAACCCUACACCACGCAUGGCCGACAUAGAGGAGGCCUUCCAAGGGAACCUGUGUCGCUGUACUGGUUACAGACCAAUUCUGGAGGGGUACAAGACAUUCACCAAAGAGAGGACGUGUUGUGGUGGCAAGGGGAAGGAAAACGGCUGCUGCAUGACCGACAGUUCCAAGACUAAAGGGUACACUGACGAUCAUGUCACCAGGACCUCAGUGUUUCCUGCUCCUCUCUACAACCCAGCUGACUUCCUCCCUCUGGACCCCACUCAGGAGAUCAUCUUCCCACCGGAGCUGAUGUCCCUGUGUAAAGGCCAGUCCUCUCAACAGCUGAGGUUCAGAGGAGAGAGGGUUCUGUGGCUCCAGCCAGCUUCUCUGGAUCAACUUCUAGAGCUUAAGACUCAGUACCCCAACGCCAAGAUGGUGGUUGGUAACACGGAAGUCGGUAUUGAGAUGAAGUUUAAGAACCUGUUGUAUCCUGUUAUUCUGGCCCCGGCGUACAUCCCCGAGCUCAACGCCAUACAGCACACUGACGAGGGUAUAGUAUUUGGAGCAUCCUGUUCCCUGACCCUGCUGGGUGAUGUGCUGAAGGAAGCGGUGGGUAAACUGCCCUCCUACCAGACUGAAGUCUUCACCUCUAUACUGGAGCAACUCCGCUGGUUUGCUGGACUACAGAUACGCAACGUGGCAGCCGUUGGAGGUAACAUCAUGACUGCCAGCCCCAUCUCCGACCUCAACCCUGUCUUUAUGGCUGCUGGCUGCAAGCUCACACUCAUGUCCAAAGGUGGUGGUGAGCGUGUGGUUGUGAUGGAUGAGAAGUUCUUCCCAGGUUACAGAAGAACCAUCCUGACACCUGAGGAGGUUCUUCUAUGUGUCCUGAUCCCGUACACCAAGAAGGGUCAGUAUUUUGCUGCCUAUAAGCAGUCUCCUCGUCGUGAGGAUGACAUCAGCAUUGUGACGUCAGGGAUGAGUGUGACAUUCGCCGAGGGGUCAACCGUCGUCAAGCACCUGGCCCUUAGUUACGGAGGGAUGGCUGCUACUACCGUCAUGGCCAAGAACACAGCCAGCAGACUUUUGGGACAACAAUGGGGGGAAGAGCUUCUGCAGGAUGCUUGUUCCUCAUUGGCUGAGGAGAUGACCCUUCACCCCUCUGCGCCGGGUGGCAUGGUGACCUACAGACGAACUCUGACCCUCAGCCUGUUUUACAAGUUUUACCUGACUGUACAACAGAAACUGGCCAGUGAGGGUGCAGAUAUGGAGGGUGUCAGGGCUGACUACAUCAGUGCUACAGAGAUCUACCACCAGACGUCCCCCUCCAGUGUCCAGAUUUUCCAGGCGGUUCCAGACGGUCAGAAGGAGGAGGACGUGGUGGGCCGUCCCAUGAUGCACCUCUCAGCCAUGAAGCAGGCGACGGGCGAGGCGGUUUACUGUGAUGACAUCCCUCUCUACGAGAAUGAACUCUACCUCUGUCUUAUAACCAGCACCAAGGCCCACGCACGCAUACAGUCUAUAGAUACAUCGGAGGCAGAGAGUAUGCCAGGUGUGGUGACGUGUGUGUUUGCCAAGGACAUCCCUGGCAGCAACAUGACAGGACCUAUCAUCUACGAUGAGACUGUCCUCGCUGUUGACACGGUGACCUGUGUGGGCCACAUCAUAGGAGCGGUAGUAGCAGACACUCAGGCUCACGCUCAGAGAGCAGCCAAGGCUGUGAGGAUCACCUACCAAGAACUACAGCCUGUAAUCAUCACCAUACAGGAUGCCAUUACACACCAGUCCUUCUUCCAGCCUGUUAGAACCAUCCAGAGAGGAGACCUGGACCAAGGGUUCACACAGGCUGACCACAUUCUGGAGGGUGAGAUGCAUAUGGGAGGCCAGGAACACUUCUACCUGGAGACCAAUGUUACUGUAGCUGUACCUAGAGGAGAGGAUGGAGAGAUGGAGCUGUUUGUCUCUACUCAGUCUGCUACCAAAACCCAGUCUCUGGUAGCUAAGGCGUUGAGUGUCCCGGCCAGUAGAGUGGUGAUCAGAGUGAAGAGGAUGGGAGGAGGAUUCGGAGGGAAGGAGAGCAGGUCCACCACCCUGUCCACCGUGGUCGCUGUGGCCGCUCAGAAGUUGAAGAGGCCAGUGAGAUGUAUGUUGGAUAGAGAUGAAGACAUGCUGGUGACGGGGGGGCGACACCCCUUCUAUGGACGUUACAAGGUGGGCUUUAUGAAGUCAGGUAAAGUGGUGGCUCUAGAAGUGACCUACUACAACAACGCAGGAAACUCCAUAGACCUCUCUCUCUCAAUCAUGGAGCGUGCGUUGUUCCACAUGGAGAACUCUUACAGCAUCGCUAACAUUAGAGGGCGUGGCUACGUGUGUAAGACACACCUCCCGUCCAACACGGCCUUCCGAGGCUUUGGCGGGCCGCAAGGAAUGCUGAUUGCUGAGAGUUGGAUGAGUGACGUAGCUCUGAGCCUCGGGCUGCCUGCUGAACAGGUGCGUCGUCUGAACAUGUACAUCCAGGGAGAGACGACUCCCUACAGCCAGAUCCUGGAUCACAUCACCCUGGACCGCUGCUGGGACCAAUGUCUGGAGAUAUCAUCCUUCAACCAACGCAGAGCUGGAGUAGAGACAUACAACAGGGACCACCGUUGGACUAAGCGAGGGCUGUCUGUCGUCCCCACCAAGUUCGGCAUCAGCUUCACCGCUCUCUUCCUUAACCAGGCCGGUGCGUUGGCUCAUAUUUACACAGACGGCUCCGUGCUGUUGACUCACGGAGGGACUGAGAUGGGACAGGGUCUACACACCAAGAUGGUACAGGUGGCCAGUAGGACCCUGGGUAUCCCCAGCAGUAAGAUCCACAUCACAGAGACCAGCACCAACACUGUUCCCAACACCAGCCCUACUGCUGCCUCCGCUUCCUCUGACCUCAAUGGAGCCGCUGUGCAUAAUGCGUGUGAGAUCCUACUCCACCGUCUAGAACCCUACAAGACCAAGAAUCCCAAAGGAUGCUGGGAGGACUGGGUGAACACUGCCUACUUUGACCGGGUCAGUCUGUCUGCCAAUGGAUUCUACAAGACUCCAGACCUUGGUUAUGACUUUGAGACCAACACAGGUCGUCCUUUCAACUACUUCAGUUAUGGAGUGGCCUGCUCUGAGGUGGAGAUAGACUGUCUGACCGGCAGCCACAAGAACAUUCAUACGUCCAUCGUCAUUGAUGUGGGGAAUAGUCUGAACCCAGCUCUGGACAUAGGACAGGUAGAGGGGGGCUUUAUGCAGGGUGUGGGUCUGUACACCCUGGAGGAGCUGAAGUAUUCUCCUGAGGGAUACCUGUUCACGCGAGGACCAGGCAUGUACAAGAUCCCCGCCUUUGGAGACAUCCCCACUGACCUCACAGUGUCUCUGCUCCGAGAUGCACCCAACGACAAGGCCAUCUUCUCCUCCAAGGCGGUAGGUGAGCCUCCUCUCUUCCUUGCGGCCUCAGUGUUUUUUGCCAUCAAAGAUGCCAUCACCGCUGCCAGGAAGGAGUCAGGCCUUAGUGGGCCCUUCAGAUUGGACAGCCCGGCCACACCCGAGAGGAUACGCAACACCUGCGAGGACCGCUUCACCAAACUGUGCCCCCCUGCAGAGCCAGGCACCUUCACUCCAUGGGCUGUCGUAGUGUAAGACUAACAGAACUAGAGAGAGAAUACAUGCAGAGGAGAGGAGAGAGAGAGAGAGAGAAGAGGGGAGAGACGGAGGGGGAAAAGAAUAGGAUAGCAAGCAGAGAGAGAGAAGGAUAAUCUGCUCCAAAUUUAUGCCAUUAAAUUCCUUUGUCUCAGUCUGAGGAAACGGCUGUUCUAAUCAGUUUGGAAUGGAAUCAGAACCCUAAUCAGUUUGGAACUCUUACCCCAACGCACACAUGGGUGGAUCUCAGUGUAAAGGGGCUUCAUCUCCUUGUCUCCUGUCUCUCAUCCUUACUGAGCUGAGAACUCAGAACAAUAUAGUGGAUGUUGAGGGUCUGCUUUCACCUGUCCACUAGUUUUAGAUCAGUGAAGAGGAAGAGACUAUUAAGAUGAAGCCCUGAUCUGAAGCCUACCUGGCUAUCAGCACUUUGACCUAGGAAGCAAUCCUAGUUCGGUCCGCCCCCCCCCCCACCAUGGUGCAUUGUGAAAUAGGUAAGGAGGCCACAGAUUCUGAUUGGAGGAAAGUGUCGCUGAGGCCGCGGGAACUGACCAGACCAAUCACACACCACAUACAGUAACUGUUGAGGAUCUUUUUCAAGGGAUGUCAAUCAUUUUCAGACCUCACUGCAUAUCAUAUACAAAUGACCUAUGAUCAAUUCAAUAUCUGUAAUGAUGCCUGUUAUAUACCUUUAUCAAAUAAGUCAACAUCUUGUAUUUGUGUGUAAAAGAGACAAUAUUUGUGUGUUAAAUUUAAUAUAAUUUCCUAAAUGUAUAUUUUAUACAUAUUAAUUUAAUUUGACUUUUACUAGCAGAAAUUGUGAUUUUAUUUAGUGGUUAUGUUGAGUGAUAGAGUUUUAUUGAAAUAAUUUGUUUAAUUUAUUUUAUGUGUAAUCUCAGGUUUUAGUAAAACAGCACCAUCUAGUGGCCGGUAGUGUGUCUGCAGUGCUACUGUUUUCAAUUCAAUUAGUUUAAUACUACUUGACUGACACAGAAUAACUCAAUUACUUCAACUACUUGAUUAGACUGAGACAAAUGAAAAGAGACUAUCAAGCAAUGGUGUAAUUGAAGAAUUUGCUUUAUUUUACAUUUCAAUAAUGUACAGAGUUAGUCUGUUGAAUAAACAUACAUUUCCAAUC